AUUCCGCAAUGACUCCAAUUUUCUAUUUAUCCUUUUUUCCAAAUACAGUUCAAAACUUUUAUGUUUGCUUUUCUUCUGAAAAUUCGAAAUUUCAAUGAUAAUAUCUUGAUGGUUAAGAAUCAUCUCACUGCGGCCGUAAAAUCGCUUAUUAGAAUGUUUGUAUCACUCAUGUGAUCUAAAAAUUAGUAAAAAACUAGUAUUUCGAAUAGGGAAUUAAUUUAGUGAGUAAGUGGUUUACUCGCAUUCAUACCGUUGUCUUUGUUGAUAACAGUGACAUUGCUUUUAUUUUUUAUUUCAAUUUUAUAGUGAAUUAAUUACAAUGGAAGUUGAACUGAAUAAAUCGAUUAUUGAUGGGUUUAGAAAUAAAUUUUAUGAGGACAAAACCAACAUUUUAGCAUUAAAUGUUUGCUCUAGAACGGAUCCUUUCGAUGUUUGUUUAUCACGAAAGGAAAUAGAAGAAACAGUUCACGUAUUUAGCCACAAGGUUGAAUGUGAGGGAAAACCAGUUACCAAUCAGAAAAAUACAGGAAGAUGUUGGCUGUUUUCGGCCUUGAACGCAAUGCGUAUACCCUUCAUCAAGUCACAAAACUUGGAAGAUUUCGAGUUUUCCCAGUCUUAUCUGUUCUACUGGGACAAAAUAGAGAGGGCCAAUUACUUUUUGAACGCAAUCGUUGAGACUGCCAGGAGGAAAGAACCAGUUGAUGGACGACUGGUUUGCUUCCUCUUUGAAAACGCUGUACCUGAUGGAGGCCAAUGGGAUAUGGUUCAUAAUCUUGUAGUGAAGCAUGGUCUUAUGCCCAAAAAAUGCUUUCCUGAGACUUAUAGCUCUGAAACUAGCUUGAAAAUGAAUCGUCUCUUGAGAAGCAAGUUGAGAGAGUAUGCCAAAGUUCUACGUGACAUGGUCGAGAAAGAUGAAAGUGUUGAAAAUAUUCAAAAGAAAAUCGUUGCGCAGAUGGAGGUCAUCUAUAGAAUAGUGGGAAUUUGUCUAGGCGUUCCGAACCAGCAAUUCACCUGGACUUAUUACGAUAAGAACAAGCAGUUCCACAAGAUUGGUCCGAUAACGGCUGUGGAAUUUUAUGAGAAAUACGUGAAGCCCGUUUUCAAUAUGGACGAUAAGGUUUGUCUCGUUGCUGAUCCAAGACCCUUCAACGAGUAUGGUAAGACUUAUGCUGUGGAAUUCCUGAAUAACAUGGUCGGAGGCAGACCCUGCAUCUACAACAAUCAGCCGAUCCAGCUCUUGCUCGAGGUUACUGGAAAAAGUAUCAAGAGCGGAGAGGCGGUUUGGUUUGGUUGCGAUGUAUCGAAGCGAUUCGCCAACAAGCAAGGGUUGCUGGAUCUGAAAGUGCACGAUUUUCCCCUCGUUUUCGGCGUUGAUUGCCAUAAUGACCUUUGCAAGGCCGACAGGUUGAUUUACGGGGAAAGCUCAGUCACCCACGCCAUGGUGUUCACUGCCGUUGAUGUUGAUGAAGAAGGAAAAAUAGCCAAACUUCGUGUUGAGAAUUCUUGGGGAGACGACAAAGGCGAGAAGGGCUACUUAUUGAUGACCUCCGAUUGGUUCAUGGAGUACAACUUCGAAGUGGUGGUGGACAAGAAACAUGUACCCCCAGAGGUGUUGGAAACCGCUAAAUUGGAGCCCAUCAUCCUGCCAGCCUGGGAUCCAAUCGGUACCCUUGCUAGGGAAUGCCAAAUUUAAGAUAAUUUUGACUGUCCCGAUCGAUAUACAAGAUAUUAAUUCUGAUCCAAUCGUUAUUCGAUUGGAUUUCAAGAUGGAAUUUCUCCUCCAAGAUGAUUUGCUUGGGAAAUUUCUGUUUGGCAGUAUGGAAUUGAUUCUUCAUUCGAAAAUCUGUUUAAUAAUGAUUUUCAUAUUCGAUUAUAAUAUUCGUAAUUGUGCUUAAGUCAAUUUGCGAUCGAUGCAUGUUCAAUCUCUUCAUAAGAUUUAAAAUCAAAAAAUGUCUUGUAUAUCCAAUAUUUUAUCAUUUAUUUUUUUAUUAAUUAUGUAAUGGAAUUGAUUUUCAUAUAUCAUUUCCUUAUCGAAACAAUGAAAAGCGAUCAAGUCAAAAA